ACGGAAUUAGAGCUUGGGAUCUUAAUGAAUCCUUGGUUUCUCGAACUUCCUCGACAAAAAAGUCCUGGGAUAAUUAUCAAGACCAUGAGCUGAGCUUACGCGACUGAUUUUCCGCCUUCAAAAUGUCUGUUAUUCUUUGCACAGCUGGCUAUGACCACACUAUCAGAUUCUGGGAGGCCUUGUCGGGUAUCUGUUCACGCACGAUUCAACACCCUGACUCCCAGGUGAACCGUCUCUGCAUCUCCCCCGACAAGAGAUACCUUGCCGCCGCUGGCCAUCAUACCGUCAAACUGUACGACAUUAAGUCUACGAAUCCUAACCCAUUGUUGACAUUCGAGGGCCACACCGGGAAUAUCACAGGUGUCGCGUUUCACUGUGAAGGGAAAUGGAUGGUAACUAGCUCCGAGGACGGGACCGUCAAGAUCUGGGAGACACGGACCGGGUCGAUCCAGCGAAGCUACAACCAUGGCUGUCCAGCCAACGACGUGGUGAUUCACCCCAACCAGGGUGAGAUCAUCAGCUGCGAUAGGUCUGGAAGUGUCAGGGUAUGGGAUCUGGCUGAGAACAACUGUUCCCAUGAGCUCAUCCCGGAAGAGGACGUCUCAGUCUCCAGCGUUACUGUCGCUAGUGAUGGGUCCUUGCUAUGCGCUGCGAACAAUGCUGGCAACGUAUUCGUGUGGAAUCUUAUUCAGAGCUUUGAUCGCACACAAUUAGUUCCAGUAACGCACUUCAAUGCCCACAAGGAAUACAUCACCCGUAUUCUUCUAUCCCCAGACGUCAAGAAGCUCGCCACUUGUAGUGCAGACCACACAGCCAAGAUCUGGGAGGUGAAGAACAUCGAACCAAGCACAGACCUGGAACCUAAGCCGUAUCCUUUAGAAGCCACUCUUACCGGGCACCAGCGCUGGGUCUGGGAUUGUGCCUUCAGUGCCGAUUCUGCAUACCUGGUCACUGCUUGCUCCGAUCACUAUGCGAGAUUGUGGGAAUUGCACAGCCAGCAGAUUAUCCGACAAUACAACGGACAUCACAGAGGGGCUGUCUGCGUUGCCUUGAACGAUUAUUCAGAAACACGGUAAGGGGUUAUAUGGAGCACGGUAUAUCACUAGAUUCAUGCCAGAUUGGCGGGAGAAUGGCGUUGGUACGAUAUUUUCAUCAAGGUUCGGAUAUUACUGUUUGAGAAUUGGAGCUUCGAUACGGACAUGUGCCCUAGAUAGUAAAAUGCAUCCAUUUGUCAACAGAAA